CCAGGAUGUUUACAGAGGGCAACUCGUAACAGGUCACAACAGGAUGACAACGGAAACAUGUUGUAUGAUACAGGAAGUUCACAAACUACAUGCCGCCUGACCAGUAUGUGCCAUAUAGAAAGAACCACCUGCAGUGAUCUCAAUUGCUGAUGAUGGCUCGGCGCGACGGCACAUAUUUGGUCGUUGCGGCCAUUGAUUUUGGUACAACGUAUUCUGGUUACGCCUAUUCCUUCAGAGAUGACUUUGUGAAGGAUCCACUUAAAAUUCUCACCAACGCACAGUGGAUAGACGACGAAACCAACUUAGUUACUUUCAAAGCUCCAACAUCGGUCUUGUUUGACAAGGACAGGAAAUUCUCUUCAUUUGGAUUUAGCGCCGAAACGAAUUACAACAGACUCGUAGACGAUGAAGAAGACGAAGACUGGCGUUUCUUCAGACGAUUCAAAAUGAGUCUUUAUCGUGAGAUGAAAGAAGCAAAUGAGGCGGCAGAGUUGGCACGUCACCGCAGACGGUUAGGUCGGAGUCUGAAACUAAAAGACGCACACGGUAAUAGUAUGGCUGCAAUGGAUAUCUUUAGUGAUGCGAUACGUUAUCUCAAAGACCACUUCCUCACGACUCUGAAUAAUUCCGUUAAAGGCACGAGUGAGGAUGACGUUCACUGGAUUUUGACCGUGCCGGCGAUCUGGUCAGAUGCAGCGAAACAGUUCAUGCGAGAAGCUGCAGAACAGGCCGGUAUCCUCAAACACCAGCUAACUUUGGCAUUGGAACCGGAAGCUGCAGCUAUCUACUGCAAGGAAAUCGCAGUAAAGACAUCAAAAGAGCACGGAAGUUCUAAAGACUUAUCAGCGUUCACGCCAGGGGAGCAGUUUCUUCUUCUGGAUAUUGGAGGUGGUACAGUGGACAUCACCUGCCAUGAAGUCAUAAAUGACGGCACAUUGAAGGAAAAACAUCCCCCUACUGGAGGGCCGUGGGGUGGAACCGUUGUGGACGAAGCUUACUUCGGCUUCUUACAAGAUUUAGUGGGGCAGGAGGCAUGGAAAGACUUCACUAAGAACAACCCAGCAGACAAACUUGAACUUGAAAGAAUGUUUGAAAUGAAGAAGAGGAAUUUGAAAAAGAAUGAUGACACUAUUAUCAGAGUUGGAAUGAACUUCUUGCAAAGCUACAAUAAUGUAUGUAAAUGUACCCUUGCAAAGACUCUUUCUGAGAAGAAAACCAUAUAUUCUACUACAGUGGAAGUUAAGAAAGAAAAGUUAAAAAUUCAAAACAGUCAGAUAAUGGAAUUUUUUGAAGGCCCAAUGAAUGCAAUUGUUGAACAUCUCGAACGGCUUUUCGCGAGGAAAUCGUUGGUUCGUGUGAAUACUAUCCUAAUGGUUGGAGGGUUUUCCGAAUUAGAUCAAAUGAAAGAAAAAAUAGAGUCAUCUUUCCCCGGAAAGGAUGUAAUUCGUCCAGUGGAGGCCAAUUUGGCCGUCCUGAAGGGUGCAGUGAUGUUCGGGCACUCGCCACAGGCAAUAUGUGAGCGGGCCAGCCCAAGGACAUAUGGCAUCAGCACUAGUGUGCCAUAUAAUGACAGAAUACAUCCCAAAAAACUUUACUUUGUCAGUGAUGGAAACGAUAUGGCCACCGACAUUUUCCAGGUAAUGGUGAGAGCUGGUCAGCCAGUCAUCAUGGGCAAAACGAAGGUGGAACACAUAUGUCAUCCCGCGCAUGGUUAUGACACCGAAGCUACGGUGGAAGUGUACGAGUCCACAGCGGAAUCUCCCGCGUAUACCUGCGAUUCAAGUUGUCGUCGGUUAGGAGAAUUACGUGUACAAAUCCCAGACACAUCCCGCGGCAAAGCACGGAGGAUCGUGGUAGCAUUACAUUUCGGAUUCACCGAACUGAAAGUCACCGCAACUGAAGAAGGUACCAACCACAAGGCGGAAGCUAAGUUUGACUGUCUGAGUACCAAAUCAUAGCAUGCUAGCGGUUUGAUGUCGCUAUUUCACGACAAAGCAAUUGUAUGUGUGUCAUAUGUUCAUACAAAGAUGCAUUUCAUGUGAUUUUUAUUUUGCAUCCAUACAAAAAAGGGAGAAAACCUUGUAUCAUCGGUAUAGUUUUUUAUUUGUGUAGAGCUAAUACGGAUCUUUGAACUGUGCAAUACACUCAGAAAAGCACUACGGACAUACAAUGAACAUGUAUAUAACAUAUGGGGGG